AUGUCUUCACGCGCCAUUCGGAAACUGCAAAAAUUGCGCGAUCUAGAACAACAGCAAGAUUCCGAGAAUCAAGAUGAGUCAAGCGAAGAUGAAGCCCCGCGCCCCGCGAAGCCCAAGUUCAAUGCUUUCGAUCUGUUGAACGCCGAAGAUGAGAACGAAGAUGAGGAGGAAGAGGAAGAAGAACAAAAAGAGGAGGAGCCUGUUGAAGAAUCAAAGCCCGAGCCCGCCCCUACGAAGUCCAAAAAGGCCAACAAGAAAAAGAAGAAGAAGAAGGCAGCCAAACCCUCCGAACCGGUCGACACUCCACCCAAAUCCAAGGAAGCAGAUUUGGAUGAAAUUGAUCGUGCUCUUAAGGAGCUGUCAACAGGUGGACAAUCGUCAGUUGGUGCAGAUCUGUCAAAUGCUUCCAGUGCCGUCCGCGGACCCUCAUUCCCUAAGACCACCAAUAAAUUACUCGGUAUCGAACCCAAAUUCCUCAAUGCGACAAAUGAGAUGCGCCGCCUCUUUGGAAAUGUUGUUCUGGAGAACUUCGAUUCGCCAGCCGAUAGUGGAUCAGGUCGCCGCCGGGAUCGCAAUCGAGAAAUGGUCGAUCUCGCUCAGGCCUUGACGGGAAGAUACAGUCCAGCCAGUCGAGGUCAGAGUCUAGGUGGGGUCACACUGCGGCGAAACGUUCUCAUGCAGGGCAAAGACGAAUGGCCUCGUGCGCCGAGUGGAGGACUCGGCAUGGAGACAGUAGAGAAACUUCCUGCGGGAGAGACACUCUACCGACUUGUGCAUAAUACCGCCUAUCAAGAUGUACAAAGGCAGUUUGAGCUCUGUGUUGAGUCAAUGGACCCCCAGAGACUCAUUGGACACCUUCAAUACAACCCAUAUCACAUUUCCACACUUCUCCAGGUGUCGGAGAUUGCCAAACACCAAGGCGAUCACGCUGUGUCUGCUGACCUGAUGGAACGAGCACUCUUCAAUAUCGGACGAUCAGUUCACUCUUCUUUUGCCAAUCGCCUCAAGGAGGGUGAAGCCAGACUAGACUUUAUUCAUGCCGAGAACCGAGAGCUCUGGCUUGUGGGUUGGAGGUACAUCUCCAACCUCGGAAUGAAGGGAACGUGGAGAACUGCCUUCGAAUGGGCUAAGCUGCUCCUGAGUCUCGAUGACAGCGAUCCAUAUUGUAUGAAGCUACUCAUUGACCACCUCGCCCUCAGAGGCAGAGAGUACGCAUAUUUCGUGGAUCUAUGCACGCAGACACGUUUCAGUCGAGACUGGGCCGACCUUCCCAACAUUCAGUGCUCGCUGGUUGUGGCAUACCUACGGCUCAACAAGCCCCAGGACUGUCGCCGACAGCUAUCACUUGCCAUGUCCCGCUACCCAUGGGUAUUUAAUAGACUGGCACAAGAACUUGAUAUCCAGCAUAUCCCUAAGCAAAUCUGGGGCAAGAUGCCCCCCACAGGGUCACAUGAGCUGCUCACUGAACUCUACAUUGCCCGUGCAAAGGAUCUCUGGAACACACCAGAGGCUGUCUCUCUCAUCAUGGAAGUGGCAGACACCAUCUCCGAUAACGAUGAACCCAUCGAACCACCAGAGAUUACCCUUGACAUUGCUCGUCAUGUAGUCCUCUCUGAUCUUCCCAAGGUGACGACCCACCUUCCAAACCACUUUGUGGCCGGUCGACUUUCAGCCUCCGACCCUCUUCCCCCGUAUGAGUCUGAAGCCUACCGUCAGCAAUCCGAGCCUGCUCCCGUCUAUGCAGCUCCUGCUGGCGGUGGCGAGAAUUGGUUACAAGACCUCCUGGGACAGAUUAAUGGCGCUGGUCUCCGUCUCCCACCAGAAGAGGAGCUAGCCCCGAACCAAGGCCUUGAUGAUGAGCCGGAAGAAGAGCUUGAUAUGCCACGCUCUCGCCCUCCACUUGGUGAUCCCUCGGCUCUUGAGCUCUGGCUCUCGCGUGAAGGCUUCCAGUCUCUUCGCAUCUUCUUGAACCAGUAUGGUGUUGACCGUGGCAAUUGGAGUGAAAAUGUCGUCGACUAUGCACCCUUGACCAACUAUCUGGAAGCAAUGGUGAUGAUUUCGGCGACAGCUCGCCAGCAGUUGUUGGAUGGCAUCAUCAAGGAUUCUCUUGGUGAUUUCGUUGUCAGUAUGCUUGAAGAUGAAAUCGCAAUGAUGCUAGAUGGGGACUCGGAUUCAUAA